AGUUCUUUGGAUAUGGUAGGCUUCACUUCAAAAACGCUGGGAAACAACAGCCACGCGGGGAAAUGGAUCGUUUUCCUGCUAACCAAGUCUACGCUUUUCUCCUUUCCACCCUACUCGCGUAUACGUUCAUACAUCCUUCAACUGUUCCCCAUGCCUGAGACCAGCACAACCACCAAUGAGGCCGCCACCCCAACGCGGUUCAUCACCGUCUUCUGUGGAUCAUCACCUGGUCGAGAUCCCGAUUACGUUGAAAUGGCCAAAGAGCUUGGUCGCGAAAUGCUCAAGAGGAACUACGGCCUUGUCUACGGCGGUGGUUCUUAUGGAUUGAUGGGAGCCAUUGCAAAAACUAUCCAUGAAGGAGGCGGAAAAGUCAUUGGAGUCAUCCCUGAAGCCCUCAAGAAGAUCGAGCGCCCAGAAAUCCCCGACGUUGACAACGACCGGGUUUUUGGAGAGGAGAUCGUCGUCAAGGAUAUGCAUACCAGGAAAGCGUUGAUGAAUAAGCUGUCAAGCGGCUUUAUUACGAUGCCUGGCGGCUACGGUACCAUGGAGGAAUUACUUGAGAUUACCACCUGGUCGCAGCUGAGCAUUCACGACAAACCAGUGAUGCUUUUCAACAUGAAGGGAUACUUUGAGCACCUGCUCAAGUUCAUCGAACACUCGGUUGAAGAGAAAUUUAUUGUCGACUGGAGUUCCAAGGUCAUUAUUGCUGGAUCGACUGCCAAGGAGGUCCUCGAUAAGUUGGAAGUUUACCAGCCCCCUGCCUCCCGCUACUCAUUGAAAUGGAAUGAGGUUGAUUCGGAGCCAAAGGAGAACUUUGUUUGAAUUGAUCUUAGAUAUUAAGGGUCCUCGACAAUAAAAGGGACAGCUGUCAUCUGUCAUCUAUCUUUUCGU